AUGAGCUCAAAAAAGCAAGUACAAAUGGAAAAGCGCGAGCUUCAUUUCCUGUCUGACGUCGGAAUGUUGCAACGGAGUCGACAAGGAUUGUUCCCAUGGUUAUCUUGACGGCACUUGUACUCUUCCCUAAAAUACAAUCUCGCAGACUCAUCCACAGCCUUGAUCUUGCUAUGCUUCUUCUCGCAGCCCUUAUCCAAUUCCACGUUCUUGUUGCGUCUGAUGACGAAAAUUCGUUCGUGCGUAGGUUAUUCUGAACAUCUUUCCUAAUGAGAAGUCAUCAGUGUUUACUUCAGCUUCUCACCCAAAGGAGACUCGCAUUUCAACCAACUUUUCAUCAGGAGACUUUUUUUUUCUUCGGAAACCAACAAGACAUUUCUAGCUGAGCAUUUUUCACAGAUUGGACAGGAUAUCGAACAGAUUUUCCUCAAAAUACGUGCACCUUUAAAGCCAAUAAGGUAAAGUUCUAGUCAAUUUUUUCCUACUUGGAAGGCGAUAUGGGCAAGUUGACGAGGGUGUCUUUUUGCUGUCGCGACACGCUUUUCGGCGAGAAACUUGAGGUCUAAGGCGAGCACUUUUUUUUUGAUUUUUUCUCAUAGUUUUUCUAUUUUUACGAUGUGUUACGAAAUUUAGUUGAGGAUCAAGGUAUAAAAACUCUUUUUUUCAAUCUUAUUUUCCACGAUUGCGUUUGACCUCAACUUUCACGCCGAUAGCGACCGCAACAAUGCACUCGUCAUCUUGAUCAUAUCGUUUUUCAUGUGGGGGAAACAUUCCCUUGACAAGUUGAAAAAUAAAAUUCUUAAUAGAUCAGUUCACAUGGGCUCAUUUCUUUUGAAUGACAAGUGAAAAUUUUGAUGGAAAUAUUGAACUUAGACUGAUGAGCUGGUUCACUUAUCUUGUCCGAAACUUGAUAUUUGAUGCAUUAGGUAAUUCCUCAGAUGUUUUGAUCCGAGCAGGUAUCACCGCCGAAACUACUACUGGGCGAGGUACUACAAUCCUCCAAGGACCACCGAAGAAUCAACGCUCAUUUGUGAUUACAAUUUGACUCUUGAAACUCUCUAUCCCAAAGUAAGAGAAGUAAGAGAACUGAUCAAACUGUUCCUCAAGGUGGUCUACGCCGACAUGCAGGCUGCGGACAUGAUGACGUUUGAGUGCAGCGUCGGAACUUCCUGCUGCGGCUUGGACUGUUGCCAGAGCAACCUUUUCACCUUCCUCACACUGUAAGUUUUGAUACUCCAUGGAAAGCAUAAUUUUAGCGGUUCAGGGGAGUUUUUACAGUCGUCUUGACGGGAGCUGUUUUUUUCUACCGAGGGUUCGUUUUUUUUUUUGCGGUCAACGGUUUUAUAAAACGCGUGAAGUUGUGAUAAAAAGCCUGAGAUUUGUUACGAAAUUUUUUGAAUGCGAAUCGCUGUUUACGAGGUUUAGUCAGCGAGAAACUUGCUGAAAUUCGAAAAAAUUUCAAAAAUUUUCAUAAUUCGCUCUGACAAAACAAUCUCAGAGGCGACGUGAUGGAAGGCGUUCGAAGAGAAUCGGAAUCAGUGCCAACGGCCCUUUCUGCUAUGGCUUCUUCUGCUCAAAAUGCCUUCGUGAGGUCCGCAAACCAGAAUCUUUUAGGAGUUCGAGUGGUUAGUCAAUAAAUUCGACUUUUCUUUCGUUCAGCUCGUGA